GAGACCUUCGGUAGCAUGGUCGAUUCGAACCUGCACAGAGAAACCAAAACAUACCAAGCACUCUGGGUCAUUCCACGUGCCAUGAUGGGAACUUGAAAGUAGCAUACAGUGCUGCGGUCAUGGGCCAGGCGGCGCCGAAAGCGGCGCACAUACAAUCAACCGUGACUCAUCACUCAUGUUCGCCAUCACCGGCGUCCAUGGCGAUCAUGCCUCACCACCGCUUGAACCUCGAUGUCACCACCCGCGGCCACCACACUCCGAGACUAAGACGUGCGAAAGCAGAACAUCAUUGUCGACGUCAUCGGUCCGGGCGCAUAUGCAGCAGGGCAUCAAAGUAUUACGCUAGGAACCAUUUCCGCACCAGGAACGCGCAAACCCGCCGCCGCUACCACUCUCAAGCCUUCAACUCUGUCAAGCCUUCAGUGGUUUCGUCGGAGAGACUGGUCUAGACUCGAGAAUUUAAUGUCUGAUCGCACGAAUGUGCUCACAUCAGCCCUAAUGCAAUGUUUCUGCAGGUUCAAAGCGGUCACGGCAUCGUCAAGAAUGCCGCGCUGAUCCGUAUCGUCAUGGUCAAGCUUCAGGAAAAUCGACAUAUAAUCGAGCUUGCCUCUCA